GAGAAGAGGGAAUUAUUAGGGGAACUGGUUCAUAUAUUAUGGAGUCCAAGAAGUCUCACUAUACACCAUCAAUGCUGGAGAACCAGGGAAUCUUGUGGUGUCAUUAGUUCAGUCUGAGCCUAAGGGCAUAAAAACCUUGGGUGGAGAUUGCUGGUAUUAAGUUCCGAGUCCAAAGGUUUGAGAACUGAAGUUCUGAUGUCUAGGGGCAGGAAAGAGUUCUCAGCUCCAAAGAGAGAUUGGACCUGUCCUUUCUCUGCCUGCGCGUCCUCUCUGGACCCUCAGUGGACCACACUGGGGAGGGUGUGUCUUCAGUCUACCAACGCAGACACCACCCACUCUCUCCUGGAAAUGACCCAACAGACACACCCAGAAAUCAUGUUUCAGGGGACAUCUGACAAGCUGACACUUGACAUCAACCGCGUCAGGAGGUGACCACCGCUGCCUUGUUUUCAGAUCCAACCCACAGAGCAGGGCUUGAAGGAAGUGUCGAAGCUGGUGGGCACCUAUCCUCAGGGCUUUAUGACAUGGCUGGGCCCCAUCAUUCCCAUCGUCAGUCUGUGCCACCCCAACAUCGUCCGAUCUGUCCUCAGUGCCUCAGCUGCGGUUGCACUGAAGGAUGUGAUCUUCUACAGCUUCCUGAAGCCCUGGCUGGGGGAUGGGCUCUUGCUGAGUUCUGGUGACAAAUGGAACCACCAUCGUCGCCUGCUGACACCUGCCUUCCAUUUCAACAUCCUGAAGCCCUAUAUGAAGAUUUUCAAUGACAGUACGAAUGUCAUGCAUGCCAAGUGGCGGCGACUGGUCUCAGAGGGCAGCGCCCGUCUGGACAUGUUUGAGCACAUCAGCCUCAUGACCUUGGACAGUCUGCAGAAAUGCGUCUUCAGCUUCGACAGCAAUUCUCCCAGCCGCUGGAAGCCCAGUGAAUAUAUUGCUGCCAUCUUGGAGCUCAGUGCCCUCGUGGUCAAAAGGAACGAGCAACUCCUCAUGCACAUGGACUUCCUGUACCUUCUCAGCCCCAGUGGGCAGCGCUUCCGUAAGGCCUGCCGCCUGGUGCAUGACUUCACAGAUGCUGUCAUCCAGGAGCGGCGCCGCACCCUCCCUGAUCACGGUAUUAGUGACUUCCUCAAGGCCAAGGCUGAGUCCAAAACUUUGGACUUCAUUGAUGUGCUCCUGCUGACCAAGGAUGAAGAUGGAAAAGAGUUGUCGGAUGAGGAUAUAAGAGCAGAAGCUGACACCUUCAUGUUUGAGGGCCAUGACACCACGGCCAGUGGUCUCUCCUGGGCCCUGUACAACCUGGCAAAGCACCCGGAAUACCAGGAGCGCUGCCGGAAGGAGGUGCAAGACCUGCUGAAGGACCGUGAUCCUAAAGAGAUUGAGUGGGACGACCUGGCCCAGUUGCCCUUCCUGACCAUGUGCAUCAAGGAGAGUCUGCGGUUGCACCCCCCAGUUACAGUCAUCUCCCGCUGCUGCACCCAGGACGUUGUGCUGCCCGACGGCCGGGUCAUCCCCAAAGGAGUCACCUGCCUCAUCAGUAUUUUCGGGACUCAUCACAACCCAACUGUGUGGCCGAACCCUGAGGUCUAUGACCCCUUCCGCUUUGACCCAGAAAACGCCAAGGACAGGUCACCUCUAGCUUUUAUUCCUUUCUCCGCGGGACCUAGGAACUGCAUCGGGCAGACGUUCGCCAUGAGCGAGAUGAAGGUGGUGCUGGCGCUGACGCUGCUGCGCUUCCGCGUCCUGCCCGACGACACCGAGCCGCGCAGGAAGCCCGAGCUGAUCCUGCGCGCCGAGGGCGGGCUCUGGCUGCGCGUGGAGCCGCUGAGCGCCGGCGCGUAGUGACCCACCGAGGCGGGUCCGGGGACCCCUCCGUGCAGAUCCCCCAAGCUACCUGUGCAGAUACCUGCAAUAAAACGGUUUCACCUGCGUUUGAGUCUCACCGAGCGUCAGCAGGGGGCGCGGGGGACGUCGGGCAACCAAAGUGGUGGCCUAGGUGCGGGAGGCGAGGCCCGACCCUCGCUGGCUCUGGCUGGCCUCACAGCCCCUGAGCACAUGGUGGGAGUCUUGGGAGGUGUUGGAGCAGAAGGUGGACCUAGAGUAAGGGCAGGGUUGAGCCUCUGAGUCACAAACGCUCAGAACGCUAAAUGUUUACCAUCCUUACCUCUGUUCGCCUCUCCUAAUGUAGCCUGCAUUUUCUCAUCAUGGGAUUUUUUUCACUGUUGCAGUGGCUACUAAAUUACUAGGUUUAUUAAAAAUAGCAAACUCA